AUGUUCCUCACAGCUUCCCAGCAACCUUUGUGGCCUUUGAUAGAAGCUCACUUAUCUGAAUGUGUGGAGAUCUACACGGACUGGGCCAACCACUACCUCGCCAAGUCGGGACACAAGCGUCUGAUCAAGGACCUGCAAACAGAUGUCACAGAUGGAGUGCUGCUGGCCGAGAUCAUACAGGUUGUAGCCAAUGAGAAGAUUGAUGACAUCAAUGGCUGUCCCAAGAGCCGGUCUCAGAUGAUUGAGAACAUUGAUGCCUGCCUCAAAUUCCUGGCAGCCAAAGGAGUCAACAUCCAGGGCCUGUCUGCAGAAGAGAUUCGAAAUGGCAAUCUGAAGGCUAUCCUCGGCCUCUUCUUCAGCUUGUCCCGCUACAAACAGCAGCAGCAGGCCCAGAGGCAGAACUCACAGAGCCAGAACCCACACGCUCCCCUCAGCCAGCAGAGCAGCGCCCCGGCCCAGCUCAGCCACUCCACGCAUGGGACCCCUGCCCUCACAGCCCACAAAGCAGCAGCGCAGGCCGAGAUGCAGUCCAGACUUCCUGGUCCCACAGCGAGGGUGUCCACCGCUGGCGGUGACAUCACUCCCAGAAGCUCGGUCAGUGCUGCUGGCAACAGACGCAGUCAGGGCUUCAGUGACAAGACCAAAGCCAGCUCACACCUGCACAAAGGUAGACCACACUGUCUGUCUGACGGUCUGGAUGCAGAUUCCUCAGAGGGCACGACCUCACAGCCUCCGGCGAUGACUGAGCACGCUCCGCCAUCUGCCGGCAGCUCCUCCACCAGCAUCCCCUCCUCUACCUCUGCCCUGGUUCCACCCUCAUCCUCCUCUUCCACAGCCAUCCCGCAGCCCAAUGGCAGCAGCAAACCCUGGAGGAGCAAAUCCAUGAGCUCCAAGAACACCUCCUCCACCAGCACCUCCUCGUCUGCCGUCCAGCCCGUCAAGCAGGACGCCUCCUGUAAGGAUACUCCCACAGCUGAAGCUCCUCCUAAAGCUGUUGCUCAGAGGUCAAUGCUGGAGAAGCUGAAACUCUUUAACAGUAAAGGAGGUUCUAAGUCCUCCAACUCCUCCUCCAGUGCAGCAGGGGCCCAGACUGACAGCGCUGCUCCUCCUCCGCAGCUUGGAGCGGGGCAAGAGGAGCGAGCGGAGGCUGGCUCCAACACUGAGCCGCUGGAGGAAGAUGAGGGGAACGUCCGGCCCGGAAUGAACGGGAACAGUAAUGGGACGGGAUACGGAGGAGCGCCGUCUGCAGGAAGCGCUGUUACCGUGACGGCCAGCAGCCCCAAAAUUGCCCUGAGGGGCAUUGCUCAGCGCACGUUUAGCAGAGCUCUCACAGCAAAGAAGGGCUUGGUCAAAGGUCCAGAGAAAGGGAAGGAGAAGGAGAGAGGGAAGGAGGCAGGGAAGCGUAUCUCUGCCCCAGACAGGACUGAACUCAGGGGGGAGGAGCCUAAGGAGGAAACACCUGUUGCUGCAGAAGCAGAAAGCUCACACAAAAAGACCUCUAAAAUUGCCAGCUUCAUUCCCAAAGGGGGGAAGGUGGCCAAAAAGGAAAGUUCAACCCCAGCACACAGUGGAAUACCAAAGCCAGGAGCUAAAGCCCCGGGGGCCGGGGGCAAAGCCUCGUCAGCGGGAGCGAAGGAGGCAGCGGAGAGGCCGCACAGCAUGCGAUUAGGAGGGGGUUUUGCCCUGCACCGCGGUCCUCUGGACAGAGACAGCAGACACUCCAGCUCUACCUCCAGCCUGGCUUCCUCCGAGGGGAAGCCCACCCAGACCCACAGCGCCGCUCCGGUGGCGGGAGGGGGCACUACACAGAGCACAGCCAGCAACACGGUCAGCGUGCAGCUACCUCAGACCCAACAGCACCACAGCCAUCCCAAUAUGGCCACCGUCGCACCUUUCAUGUACAGAUCACAAACAGAUGGUGAGGGACUGGCGAACACUGACACCGGCUCAGGAGGACGGGGCGGAGACAUCCCCUUCACCAAGACCAGCCAGCCCUCCAUCGAGGACCUUUCAGGUGAAGACCCAGAAACGCGGCGGUUACGUACUGUGAAAAACAUUGCAGAUCUGCGUCAGAACUUGGAGGAGACCAUGUCCAGCCUGCGAGGAACUCAGGUUACACACAGCACUCUGGAAACCACCUUUGAUGGCAGCGUCACUACAGACAUAAACAGCAGCUGCGGUGGCGGCGUUGGCGGUGGUGGCAGCAGCAGCGGAGGAGGGCGCAGCAUUCUCAGCCUCACUUCUACCCGCCCGUCCCUAACGUCAUGGCGCCUCGGACAAUCCACCCCUCGUCUGCAGGCAGGCGAUGCCCCCUCCGCGGGGAAUGGCUACAGCGGCCGGGGAGGACGCUACCGUUAUCCCGGACACCUGCGAAGGCAGCUCGCCGGCAGGGGCGGGGCCCUCUGUAGCGUGGACCUCGGAGACCGAGCCGGGGAGGACAUUAACCUGGAGGGGUUGGCCAUGGAGGUCACCGGGUACAUGAGCGACGGAGAUGUGCUAAGCAAGAAUGCUGCAUGCACUGAUGAUGUCACCAGUGGUUAUAUGACUGAUGGAGGUUUGAGUUUGUACACGCGACGCCUGAACCGCCUGCCUGACAGCAUGGCUGCCGUCAGGGAGACUCUGCACAGAAACGCAUCAUCGGGACAGGGAGACGCCGACAGGUCCGAGUCUGAGUCCAACUCAUCUUCGUCCUCUUGUGGCUUUUCCCCAGAAUUUGAACAGUCUAAGCACCUACACAGUUCUGUGCAAGUCUCUCUCUGUCCGUCCAGAGAGGACGAACACAGUCCGAGAGAUGAAGCAUCAGUGCAACAAAUGACAAAGGAGCUCCGUGUAGGAACACAGAGAGGGCGAGAGACACUGACAGACACAGAGAGAGAGAGGGACAGGCAGCAUGGAGACAUGAAACUAUCUGUCCAACUCGGCAUUUUCCAGCAGCGCUCUGGUUCCCACGGCAACCCAGAUACCAGUUGGGACGACAGCAGCUCUGUGAGUAGCGGAAUCAGUGACAACAUAGACACAGAUGAUAUCAACACAAGCUCCUCCAUCUCGUCCUACGCCAACACACCGGCGGCACAGCGCAAAAGCCUCAGCACACAGCCUGUGACAGAUGCUGAGAAGCACUCAGCCUCCACGGCAAUGCACCAGGCCUGGUCUGGAGACGAGGUGAAGAGGCCAGACAGCGGGUCAGACGGCGGGGUCAGGAUGGAGACGGGUUCCAAGUGGAGCCGCCGUAACCCGUCUGACAUCUCUGACGAGUCCGACAAGGGCAGCUCAGGAAAGAAGGCGGCCUCUGUGUCUCACACGGGCUCCUGGAGGAGGGGCAUGAGCGCUCAGGUGGGGGUGACUUCCCCACGGACCAAAAGCACCAGCAGCACAGGUUCCGCCAGCUCCGUCGGCCUCAAGGCACACAGCGCAGGUAAGACUGAUGACGUCAAGGUGUCAGAAAAGGGAUGUCUUUCUCCUCGUUCCAAUGGCCUCCAUCGCUCGCCCUCUGAUGCAGGACGUAGUAGCGGUGAUGAGGCAAAGAAACAAGUCGUUCCUUCCAGCCGGACACCAUUGACCAACACCCUCACGCAGACUGUGUCAGACCCCCACCCGCAGACACACACCCUUACCUCACGCACUCCUACCAGUACCUUUGGUUUCAAGAAGCAGGGCUCUGGGCUUGUAACCAUGGUUACCGCCAGUGGCGCCACCAUCACCAGUGGCUCAGCCACCCUGGGGAAGAUUCCCAAAUCUGCAGGGCGCUCGCUAGCAGGGGGUCUGAAGGCAGGCGAGCAGGAAGGUGGGUCAAUGAUGGGUCACCAUGAUGACAGCUUCCUUCCUGUUAGUGCCCGCUCCACCUUACAGUACCGAAGCCUUCCCAGACCGAGCCGCUCAGGGGCAGCUGUCCGCAGUGGAAACCGCUCUUCCACCAGCAGCAUCGAAGCCGCUGUUCUGUCGGUCAACUUGCAUGGGAAACCGUUUAUCAGCACCGCCAAGACCAAUGGCUCAGGGAUCCUGCUGGCCAAUCAGACGGAUCGGGAGAAGGGGGUGCCUGACAUCGACAACCUGAGGAGCGGAGUCAUAAUGCAGAGUGGAGGCACCGCGACUGUUCCUAUGGCGGGCAGGCAGCAGGUCUCCUCACCAACACUCCGCAGGUUGUUUGGCGGCAAGCCCAGCAAACAGGCGCCAGUCACCACGGCAGAAAGCAUGAAGAACUCCACGGUUAUAUCCAACCCCCACGCCACCAUGAACCACGUGGCCACGGUACUGGAGUCACCUGAUGGAGGGCUGGGAGGCGGAGACAGCGAGACCAGCAGUCCCCUGUUCGGAGGCCGAGUGCCGGUGUCAGGGACGGGGACAUUUGGCAGUGAGCAGGCCUCCAGUCCCGGCUCGGUCUACUCCUCCACCGGUCCAUCCAACAGCCUGACGUGGGGCACGACCUUCAGCGGUUCCUCCGCUCAGAGCAGGGAGAGCACGCUGGGUGGGCAUGGCGGGGCGGGCAGCAUGGGCUACCCCUCCGUCAGCAGCAUGCACACCAGCAGCGAGUCCAUCGACAUGUGCCUGGGGAGCGCCGGGGGAGGCGGUGGCGGCCACGGGACCCACAGGGAGGACACUCUGUCUGCCUUAGGACGCACCAGCAGCGUCAAGACCGGCAUGUCCGAGAGGUACACACCAUCCACUCAACUGCGAGGUCAUGAGGAGGCCCGUGAUUGGCUUCGCUCCCACUCCACCAGUGGGUUGCAGGACUCAGCCAGUAACUCUCCAUUCUCUCCCGGCUCCAGCCUCACCUCGCCCUCCGGCACUCGCUUCAACUUUGGUCAACUUGCAUCCAGCCCAACCUCAGCGGCACAAAUCAACCUCAUCGGUAUGCGCAACAACAGCCUGACCAAUCAGGAUGUUUCCUUUGACCCGUGCAGUGACAACCGCCUCAGAAACUCCUGCAUGUCACUUGAUGAGAAGACACGUACCAUGAGCCGGUCUGGAUCAUUUAGGGAUGGAUUUGAGGAAGUUCAUGGAUCGUCCCUGUCUUUGGUUUCCAGCACAUCUUCCAUUUACUCAAUGAACGAGGAGAAGUCUCAGUCUGAGAUCCGUAAGCUGCGACGAGAGCUGGACGCUUCCCAGGAAAAGGUUUCCGCCCUGACAACACAGCUGAGUGCCAACGCUCACCUCGUUGCAGCUUUUGAGCAGAGUUUGGGCAACAUGACCAUCAGACUGAAGAGUCUCACCCUGACAGCAGAGCAGAAGGACUCUGAGCUGAACGAGCUGAGAAAGACCAUAGAGCUGCUGAAGAAACAAAACGCCGUUGCUCAGGCCGCCAUCAACGGAGUCAUCAACACCCCCGAGCUCACACCCAAAGGAGACUGCACAGUUGGCAGUAAUGGAAGUCCACAGCAACAACAACCGGAUCUGCGAAUCAGAAGGCAGCACUCCUCCGACAGCGUCAGCAGCGUCGCCAGCGCAACCAGCCACUCCAGUGUGGGCUCCAACAUGGACACUGAUGCAAAGAGCAAGAAGAAGAACAAGAAGAACUGGCUGCGAAGCUCCUUCAAGCAAGCAUUCAGCAAGAAGAAGUCUCCGAAAUCAGCGUCUUCGCACUCUGACAUCGAGGAGAUGACCGACUCCUCCCUGCCGUCGUCCCCCAAGCUGUCACACAACGGCACCACCUCCGCCAGCAACAUGCUCAGGAACACGCACUCCAACACGCUGCUGUCGGAGUGUUUAGACAGUGAGGCGGAGACGGUGAUGCAGUUGCGCAGCGAACUCAGGGAGAAGGAGAUGAAGCUGACGGAUAUCCGCCUGGAGGCUCUCAGCUCGGCUCAUCAGCUGGACCAGCUCAGAGAGGCCAUGAACCGCAUGCAGCUGGAGAUUGAGAAGCUGAAGGCAGAGAAUGACCGUCUGAAGUUGGAGAACCAGGGCAGCAGGACUGGCUCGCAGGCCUCCAUCGCCUCCUCACCUCCUCCUCAUACACAAAGUCAGGGGCCGGGCCCCGGGACAGGGCUCCCUCAGCACAGCCUCAACCUCACCAGCAGCGAGUCCUCCAGCCUCGACAUGCUGCUAGAUGACGUCGGCAGUGAUAGCGGGAUGAGGAAGGAGGGGCGACAUGUGAAGAUCGUCGUCAGCUUGGAUGAAAACAGCAAAUGUGGCGAGGACGGCCGGCGACGUCACUUCCUGAUUGGUUGUAUCGCUGUCAGUGGCAAAACCAAGUGGGACGUGCUGGAUGGGGUCGUCCGACGUCUAUUCAAGGAGUACAUCACCCAUGUGGACCCGGUGAACCAGCUGGCGAGCUCAGAAAGUGUUCAGGGCUACAACAUCAGAGAAAUACACCGGCCCAGCAAUCCCAGUGCGGCACACACACCCGAGCUGCUGCCCUGUGGCUACCUGGUGGGAGACAGCAACACCAUCAAUAUCCAGCUCAAAGGUGUGAGUACUGAGAGCGUCGACUCGCUGGUGUUUGAGACGCUCAUCCCCAAGCCGAUGCUGCAACGCUACCUCUCCCUGUUGAAGGAGCACCGUCGUGUUAUCCUAUCGGGUCCCAGCGGCACAGGAAAGACCUACCUGGCCAAUCAGCUGUCUCGACACCUGCUGCUUCUGGAAGGACGACCUCUGACCCCGCAUGCUGUUGUCACAUUCAACGUGGACCACAAGUCGAUUAAGGAGCUGCGUCAGUACCUGUCGGGCCUGGCUGAGCAAUGCAAUGGUGUCCCAGGCGCUGAGAGCCCCCUAGUGGUCAUCCUGGACAAUCUACAUCAUGUCAGCUCACUGGGAGAAAUCUUCAACGGCCUCUUCAACUGCAACUACCAGCACUGCCCCUUCAUCAUUGGCACCAUGAGCCAGGCCACAUCUUCUGCCCCCAACCUGCAGCUUCAUCACAACUUCAGAUCCAGCAGUCUGUUUACUGGGAUUCUUUUCAGGGUCUCUGCUGCUUAUCACAGCUCAGUGGAAACGUCUGCUCAGAACUCUGGAACAGACAUUAUUCAUUCAGUCGCUAACACGCUGCCAUCACUUGACAUUAGCUGUUUGGCUCACCUCGUUGCAGCUUUUGAGCAGAGUUUGGGCAACAUGACCAUCAGACUGAAGAGUCUCACCCUGACAGCAGAGCAGAAGGACUCUGAGCUGAACGAGCUGAGAAAGACCAUAGAGCUGCUGAAGAAACAAAACGCCGUUGCUCAGGCCGCCAUCAACGGAGUCAUCAACACCCCCGAGCUCACACCCAAAGGAGACUGCACAGUUGGCAGUAAUGGAAGUCCACAGCAACAACAACCGGAUCUGCGAAUCAGAAGGCAGCACUCCUCCGACAGCGUCAGCAGCGUCGCCAGCGCAACCAGCCACUCCAGUGUGGGCUCCAACAUGGACACUGAUGCAAAGAGCAAGAAGAAAACAAGAAGAACUGGGCAUCUUUUACUGGGGAAAAGCUGCGAAGCUCCUUCAAGCAGCAUUCAGCAAGAAGAAGUCUCCGAAUCAGCGUCUUCGCACUCUGACAUCGAGGAGAUGACCGACUCCCUCCUCCUGCCGUCGUCCCCCAAGCUGUCACACAACGGCACCACCUCCGCCAGCAACAUGCUCAGGAACACGCACUCCAACACGCUGCUGGAGAUUGAGAAGCUGAAGCAGAGAAUGACCGUCGAAGUUGGAGAACCAGGGCAGCAAAGGACUGGCUCGCAGGCCUCCAUCGCCUCCUCACCUCCUCCUCAUACACAAAAGUCAGGGGCCGGGCCCGGGACAGGGCUCCCUCAGCACAGCCUCAACCUCACCAAGCCAGCGAGUCCUCCAAGCCUCGACAUGCUGCUAGAUGACGUCGGCAGUGAUAGCGGGAUGAGGAAGGAGGGGCGACAUGUGAAGAUCGUCGUCAGCUUGGAUGAAAACAGCAAAUGUGGCGAGGACGGCCGGCGACGUCACUUCCUGAUUGGUUGUAUCGCUGUCAGUGGCAAAACCAAGUGGGACGUGCUGGAUGGGGUCGUCCGACGUCUAUUCAAGGAGUACAUCACCCAUGUGGACCCGGUGAACCAGCUGGGUCUGAGCUCAGAAAGUGUUCAGGGCUACAACAUCAGAGAAAUACACCGGCCCAGCAAUCCCAGUGCGGCACACACACCCGAGCUGCUGCCCUGUGGCUACCUGGUGGGAGACAGCAACACCAUCAAUAUCCAGCUCAAAGGUGUGAGUACUGAGAGCGUCGACUCGCUGGUGUUUGAGACGCUCAUCCCCAAGCCGAUGCUGCAACGCUACCUCUCCCUGUUGAAGGAGCACCGUCGUGUUAUCCUAUCGGGUCCCAGCGGCACAGGAAAGACCUACCUGGCCAAUCAGCUGUCUCGACACCUGCUGCUUCUGGAAGGACGACCUCUGACCCCGCAUGCUGUUGUCACAUUCAACGUGGACCACAAGUCGAUUAAGGAGCUGCGUCAGUACCUGUCGGGCCUGGCUGAGCAAUGCAAUGGUGUCCCAGGCGCUGAGAGCCCCCUAGUGGUCAUCCUGGACAAUCUACAUCAUGUCAGCUCACUGGGAGAAAUCUUCAACGGCCUCUUCAACUGCAACUACCAGCACUGCCCCUUCAUCAUUGGCACCAUGAGCCAGGCCACAUCUUCUGCCCCCAACCUGCAGCUUCAUCACAACUUCAGGUGGGUGCUGUGUGCAAACCACAUGGAGCCUGUAAAAGGCUUCCUGGGCCGCUACCUGAGGCGGAAGCUGAUCGAGACGGAGAUCAGCACCCGAACACGAAACAUGGAGCUGGUGAAGAUCAUCGACUGGGUCCCCCGGGUUUGGCACCACCUGAACCGCUUCCUGGAGAUGCACAGCUCGUCCGACGUCACCAUUGGACCUCGUCUCUUCCUGUCCUGCCCCAUGGACGUGGAGGGUUCCAGGGUUUGGUUCACUGAUCUCUGGAACUACUCCAUCAUCCCGUACAUGCUGGAAGCAGUUCGGGAAGGACUUCAGCUUUACGGCCGCAGAGCUGCAUGGGAGGAUCCAGCCCAGUGGGUGAUUGACACUUACCCCUGGUCAGCCACACCCACUCCAGCUGAUUGGCCACCGCUGCUGCAGCUGCGUCCAGAGGACGUGGGGUUCGAUGGUUACUCCGCCUCAAGAGAAGGAGUGAGGAAAGAGGCGGCCCAGAGUGACAGCGACGCAGACCCGUUGAUGAACAUGCUAAUGCGUCUGAAGGAGGCUGCGACGUCGUCCAGCCCGCAGAGCUAUGACAGCGACUCCAACAGCAACAGUCACCAGGACGACAUCCUGGACUCGUCGCUGGAGUCCACGUUGUGACGGUGCAGAGCAGGCGCAGCUUCGCCGCAGGAACCUUAUGGACAGAGGACUUCUCGCUGAGAGCAUUUCAAACCACACAAACCAGCCAGCUUCAUUUGGGUGCAGGUAACCCAAAUAUUUAACACAAAGCAAACAAAUG